AUGUUCAGCCUUAGCUUUAAGCAAAAUGAAAUGAUGCCGCGAUUAUUGGCAUUGAUCUUCGUCAUUUCCAUCUUUUUACCUCUCUGUAGCACAUCUCCUGUUGCACAAGAGCAACUGCACUAUGAGCAUAGUUUUGCUGUGAACAUCCGGGGCCAGCCUUCUAAGUCCGAGCCUUCCAAGUCCGAGUCUUCCAAAGCUAACCCGGGGAAAUCCGAAACUCCAAAGUUAGGUUCAUCGGAACCCCCUCCUGGGCUAUACGAAAAGGCCGUCACAAAGGGACAAAGGCUGUAUGCUCUGUUUGGCGUUGACGCCGCCACGGCGGUCAGGAGGGAUAGAGAGUACGGCGUUCAGAGUCAAUUUCUAGAGCUCACCGACUUACAAAAGUUUGGAUGGACUAAUACUCCAACAACCAGCGCUGACUUUUACGGAAACAAGCUGCACGAUGCGUUUUUGGAAAGCAAAAUCAACGAGAAAGGGAAAGUGAGCCUUAUAGCUAAACAUGAUUCCACAUUCACAGAAGCUGGUCAGUCACAAUUGCCUACAGAUGGCGUCUACAGGAGUGGCAUGUACCCUGACAACGAGGUCGGUGCUCUAGUUGCAGACAAAAACUAUAGUCCGAGGGAUCAGGCAAACGAGGGUGCACACAUCCCCGGUCUGAAUCAAUGGUCCGACGUAGCCUUUUUACAAUGGAGGCAGGCUUGUGACCAAAGGAAAAAAUCCGCGUCUGCACUCAAGUACAUCUUCCGGGCUUCGAUCCAAAACACACAGACACUCGCUAUCAUUCGCCGUAUAUUGAUGGAUUUGAAACAUAAAGAAUUCCCUAGCUGGCAAGAUCGAGUUAAAAUCCCGAUGACAAGUACCAGUAGUGCUGGCAUGGCGCUGCUCGGCUCGAAAAAUGGAGCUUCCUCUGCUUUUCUUCUUAUCCAACACAAGGCGCAACUUGAUACUAAAACGAUUAGCGAAGCCGUGAUUUGGAGUUCCGAGAAGAAUAUACCUCUCACAACACCCCUUGAAAAGAUUUUUACGGUACACAUGCGUUUUGAGGUCACCAAUGUUAGGAAGAAGAGGGAGGUUGAUGAUGAAGAUGAGGCCUACGAUGAUGGAUAUGCUACGUUUAUAUAGUUGGAGCUAAAAUGUCG